AUGGUUAGUGAUGCCAUUCAGACUUUUAAAUGCUCCAAAUACUUUCAUGAGGAUGAUGAAACAGAUUCUCUAUCCUUUUUAUCAGGCUUUGUGGUAGGUGAAGAUGGUAUGCAUGUAAAUGAAGAGAAGACAAAAGUAAUUCGAGAUUGGCCAACACCAAAGUCAGUUUCUGAAGUGAGGAGUUUUCAUGGUUUGGCAACUUUCUACAUACGAUUCAUCAGGCAUUUUAGAACUAUUGUGGCACCUCUCACAGAAUGUUUGAAGAAAAGAAAGUUCAGUUGGGGAGAGGAACAAGAUAAGAGCUUCGCCUUCAUCAAAGAAAAGUUGUGCACAACUCCAGUAUUAGCUUUGCCAAGCUUCGAGAAGAUUUUUGAGGUGGAGUGUGAUGCUAGUGGUAUUGGUAUUAGGGCUGUCCUUUCUCAAGAGAAAAGAUCCAUGGCUUUCUUUUUAGAAAAGUUAAGUGAUGUCAGGCAGAAGUAA